AUGGUGUUGAAAUGGCCCCAGAAAUAUAUUGAAGUGAUGUUAAAUUCUAGUUCAAAAAGCACAAAUAAUUUCAAACCGGAUAUUGAAUUUUUAAACUUCUGUUGUACUCCACAUAUUGGUGAUGGUCAUACGCAUACCGAUGUUGCAAUUCAAACAUCACAAGAAGCAAUUUGUUUUCAAUUUUCUCAUAGUUUAUUUUCACAAUUGAAGCUUCUUUUUUUCUUUCUAAGAAUACCUCGGCAAUAUCAUUGGCUAACUGAAUUAGUUAUUCAUGAAGAGUGCAAAAAUGAGCUCUACAAACGUCGAAAUGCAGCUGUAGAAUUUUUGUUGAAAAUAAAUGAGAUGUUUGAACCAGAACACUAA